CUUUCAAUUAAAUGUCUCUCGAAGUUGGCGCCAUUUAUAUCAUUUUGUUCGCUCGCCCAACAGAGCCGGGAACUUACCACUGGGGAUUGUACCACCAUUGUACCCCCCCAAGUCCAAUAGCGCGAUACGGUUCUGGUUACAGGUUUCAUGUGACGAACGCAGGCAGUCUCCCAGGACAGUUUGUGCAAGAUUUCGGCAUGACCUCAGGCGCAUUGAUCUCAUUCGCUUUGGUUGGACUUAUCAAGAUCGGCCAACUUGACCCAGCAUACGUGGCUCAUCUCCGGAUGCAUCUUGAGCAGGUUGACUGCACCUCUCCUUCUCCAGAUAUCAUAUUUUCGUGCCAAGUCUGGGUACUGAAGGCCAUCGCUCUGCUCAUCCAUCUGGGUGUCGUCCACUGCAAUGACAUCAAUGCGCUAGAACGCGAAGUAUGUGGCUUCGCAGACCAAGAAUGGGCUAACGCGGAAGGCAAUAAGCAGCCACGCCCUAUUGUACAGUCAAAUGUUUGCACUUUUGCUUAACAA